UUAACCAAUGAGAAUUAAUCUAAUGUAGCCCACCUGCAGAUUUUAUUUCAUCCCUUUUCCCUGCAUGACUAUUUGUAUGUCAUUCUCAAACUCAGAGCCUCCCAUUUAUCCAGCCCACACCUUACCCCUCCUGCUAUUAGUCUGUAUGACUUCGGUCAUUGCAGCUGAAUUGCAGGUUUGUCUGCGAUAGAGGUCGCACAUUGGAUCUCAUUUGAACUGGUGUAAGGAAUACAAACUCAACUCAACUGGAAGGCUAUAAAAAGAAUACAGGUGAAGUUUGACGGCCAUUGGACUAAAGACAUGACCUGACAACUCAUUGCCGUUGACUAGUAAUCCAGAUUGAGAAUGAAGGGGCAGGAGGUUGGGGCAGUGGUCGUUUGGAGCUGCUUUUUGCUGCUGCUUCAGCCAUGUGGGUGCCAGGUGAAGACCUGUCCAGCGGAGACGAGAAGACCACAGCUACAAAAUGCAAAUUCAACAUCAGCCCAGCUAAACGUAAACAGUGCUUUUAUGUCUCCAAUUGUAAAUUCUUUCCUGGACUCGGUCAAGAGCCGCCCUUUCCCUAAAGAUCUGCUAAUAGGAAUGAUACAAAACAUGGCUGUAUCGCAGGACUCGAUUAGAAAGGUUUUGGAAUACGAGAAAGGUUUCCUGGUCUGUAUAAUUAUUGGGAUCCUCUACAUCAUCCUCAUGCCUCUAAUUGGUCUAAUCUUCGCCUGCUGUCGUUGCUGUGGUAACUGCGGAGGCCGCAUGUACCAGGAACAGACGUCGAAAAUUAAUUGCAAGAGGAGAACCUUUUACUGGUUCACAUUUUUCAUCACAAUAAUAAUUCUGGCAGGGAAUAUUUGUAUGUUCAUGAGCAGUACAAAUACUUCGGAAACUUUGAAGCGUGCCCCUAACGAACUUUCCAGCAUAUUGGAAAAUGUUCAAGGCUAUCUUGCAACCGUUCCAAAGCAACUCCAACAAGUGGUGGAUGGGAGUUCUGCAACUGUGGAUGAAGUAAAGAAUAACUUAAAUGGGUCUUUGCUUGGCACAUUUAUCCAGAACGGUCUUGCAGAUCAUCUCAGCCCAGCACUGAACUCCAUUACAGAUUUAGCUCAAGUAAUAAACAGCACUGGCGUUUCACUGAAGCAUGUUAAUAAAACUUUGGAGCAGCUGACACCAAAGGUGGAUGAGCUACGUCGUAAUUUAUCUGCGGUACAGCAGCGAAUCAACAACACGCUACAUUCGGCCUGUGUAGACUGUACAUCACUUCAGACAGAUGUUGACAAACUAACCCUGACUACAGAUCUCAAUUUUCCCGAUCAGAAUGACCUGAUGUCUGCUGUAAACAAAGCUGAGAAUGCUGAUGUCAUCGGACAAGCAAAUAAGGGGAAAGAAUUUUUUGACAGUAUUCCAGAAAAGGCGAGAAACGCGACCAGGGAUAGUGUGAAGGUGGCUCUAAUGGAGCUUGAUAAAGUAAAAUCCCAGAUUGCAGGUGUGACUAAAGGCCUUCCUCUGAAGGCACUGGAUAUGAUAUCAAGUCCACUUAAGGAAACACAAACAUAUAUGUCAACAUAUUCUCCAUACAUACAGCAGUCCAGUCAAAUCAGCCAGGCUAUUGGAUUGGUCCUGAGCUGUUUGAUUUUGCUUGUGGUGGUUUGUAAUCUUCUGGGUCUGCUGUUGGGUGCGGCUGGACUGAAAUCUUACGAUGACCCAUCUGAACGGUCAUGCACAUCCAACUGUGGAGGAAUAUUUUUCAUGAUAGGAGUAGGUUUCAGCUUCCUGGUUUCUUGGAUCUUCAUGUUGGUGGUGCUGAUACUCUUUAUAGUGGGAGGGAACACUUAUACCCUUGUUUGUGAACCUUGGCAAAGUGGGGAGCUCAUCCGGGUUGUUGGCACUCCAGGGGUGAUUCCAGGAUUUAACCUGUCCGCUGCUAUGAAUUUGAAGACAAACCUGACAAUUGUUGAUGUGUACAGUGAUUGCCAAAUGAACAAGUCAUUAUGGACCACCCUUCAUUUGAAUGAGAUCAUCAAUCUAAACGACUAUCUGAGUAUUUCAAAGUACACAGGGAACAUCUAUAGCUCCUUUGACGGUGCACAAAUUAACAUAACAAAUAUCACAAUCCUCACUUCAGAGACAGAGUCCCAGAUUCACAAUUUUUCCGACACUGCCACCACUACGAACUUUAGCAGCAUCAUGCAGCAGAUCAGUGAUAUUUCAGAUAUUAAUUUAUCAUCAUCUGCAAAAGAUCUGGAGGAUUUGGCCUCCAAACAGAGCAACCAAACAAUCAAGAAUGAACUAAAUAGUGAAGCUAAAGAACUGCGAGACAUCCAGACCGCAAUUACUUCAACUAUCAUGCCUCUGCUGCUCGAUCUGAACUCCACCAUUAAGAAUCUAAGUGCAACAGCAUCACAAAUCAAUGGAACUGUGGAGAAUGUUUUAAAACAAGUUGCCAUGGCUCAGGACAUUUUGAACUACAACAUAUCACAGAUAGUGAAAACUGGGAGCAAGGCAUUCAUAGAUUGUCAAUUGAACAUCUUUAUGACAUUUGUUCAGUGGGCGAAUCAAACGAUUACACAGCAUCUGGGGGCUUGUGGGCCUGCGGCUGAAGCGAUCAAUAGAUCAGAAGAUCUGGUCUGUAAACACCUGGUGGGAAGUUUGAAUGGCUUUUGGUUCAGUUUGGGCUGGUGUAUGAUGUUCCUGAUCCCCAGCAUUAUUUUCUCAGUUAAACUGGCCAAGUUUUACCGCAGGAUGGAGUGCACAGAUGUUUAUGAGAACAAAGUCAUGAUGAAUCCUUUCCCAAGGGCCCAAAUUGACCCUAAGAUAAAUACAUAAAUAUGAGUGUAAAGAGAAAUUAUUUAUACACACUGACCCAUCAAUCGAUGAACUUUUUUUUCC